AUGCACCGAGGGCAACGCCAGCAUGCUGCAACUCAGCGCUGGAUGUCUAAACCUGUGGUUCGUACAACUCAAAAUGAGAAAGCUCGUGCUCGUAUGGCAAGGCUUCGCGCAGCGAGAAAGGAGACACAGUUGAGCACGAGUCAGCCUACGGGCUCAGAUGACGGCGGUUCGAGUGCGAGUCAGCCUGCGGGCUCAGACGACGAUCACGAAGUCAAAAGUAUGGCCGAAAUGUGUCUGUUGAUCGGUCAGUGGCAAUAUUGUUGGGGCCCCAACAAUCUUUGGGAAAAGACGUUCAAUGAGAAACUGCAGUCUGCGCAAGAUCGGGGGAGCGGAUCAGUGAACAACUUUUUCAGCCAGUGCGAGGCACACACUACUGAUGGUCAACAACUUCUCAAUGAAUUGAAGCGCAUCGCUUAUAGCCCGUGUAACAGGAGGCUGGCGAGGGACAAGUGCAUUCAAUUGCAUGAUCUUUUGUCAGUGGUGUUGUCGGAAGUGAGGUUUUUUGAGGUAAAACUUGAUGAGUAUGCCCCAGCUGUACCAUUAUCUAGAACGUCGUCUACACGAUAUUAUGAACAAGCGUAA